AUGGAUAAACCAAGCUCAUCUCGCGCUCCUCCCCCUCCACCACUGAACCUGGCGUCCCUCCCAACCGACAAGUUCAACCUCAACAGAAGAAAGACCGACGACUCGGAGGCUUCCUCCCUCCCCGCGUCAACAAAGCGCUCUGCAUCGUAUUCCAGCACUGCAUCGACCUCUUCCACCACAUUUUCGCUCCGCAAAACACAAACUGGCCUCAUCAAGUCUUCGCCUACUGUCAACGUCCACACGACCUGUGGCCGUCACACGGACCAGUUCUUCUUCAGAGGCCCUUCGCUGAUGGACCUAGCCAGGUCGAUUAGGAGGAAGAUUUGA